AUGACAAUAUGGGAUCCCAUAUUGUCAUCCAAAUCUGACCUUCGAAAGGAUCUCCUUCAGAACUAUACAAAGGAGUUACCACCAAAUGAUACGCUGACCACUGUCUACAUAUCUUUUAGUGCCUUUGAUACCAAUAAUAUAAUAGAUUUUGAUGACAAAGACGGGAAAUUUAUAGUUAGCGGAUAUCUUGAAGUGUCCUGGAUAGAUCCAAGAAUUGCCAUGAACUGGGCUUCCUCGUCGGCUAUUCAAAAUAAAUUUGUUUCACUGUACUUUAAAGAUUCAGAGGUCUGGACUCCACAAAUUCGUCAGAUCAAUGCGUACUUCAGAUCUGAUUUAGAAAAAGUGGUCGAAGAAACAGUUUUGUUUGAUAGAAAUGGAUCGGCAUUGAUGGUAAAAAUGGACAUAUUUACAACAGAAUGCAAAACAGAUUACUAUUUUUUUCCAUUUGACACACAGAAAUGCGCAAUAGACAUUGUGAUUUGGGGAUCAUUUAUGGGAGAAACUGUCUUAAAAGCUCGUAACAGCAUAAUCAACAAGAAACUUUACAAAGAAACUUACAUUUGGAACUUACAGGAUGCCAGAAUGAGUGUCGACAGCAUUAAAGGGGCUUGUUUUCAAGUUAUUGUAAUCAUUCAACAUCGUUACUACAAUAAAAAACGACUGUCAAAAGAGCAAUUUUGUGAAGUAGUUAAGGAAUCUGAGAUCCCCAGCCCUGAUUAUGAUAAGGGGGAGGAAGAGAAAGAUGCCAGUUUUUGGAAAUAA